CGAGCGACUCGCAGGAAACGCUCGCUCUGUCUUUCCUCUGGUGCCCCUCCUCCUGCGCUCUCUGGAUACCUUCCUCGCUCGUUCUGUUCAUAUCCUGAUUGUCUUCGGACUGGUCUCCAUCCUUUGACAGACUCUACUCCUUUCCCCGUUUCCAACAAGUCGGCCGCCUUCGUGUGCAAUGGCUGCCCACUCCCAACACUCUUUACCCUUUUCUAGUUCUACGCCUAGCACUCCGACUGCUAACAGGCCGUCCCAAUUACCUUCAUCUUUGUCCUCUGUGGGUGUCUCGACCAGGUUCGACAACCCGGCAUCCACAAGCAGACUUCGCAGUGGAAGCACCUCGAACACAACUGCCUCCCACCAUCAACGGACGGGGUCCAACAUUUCUUCCACAUCCAGGCCACACCCUUCUGUUCACAUUUCUCAUGAGCCUACAUCGCCUACGAGGAGGUCUUUUGUGUCGCCCAGUUCUCCUAAUCCCACCAGUCUAACUCACGCCGGCGGCAUCCUCCCCUCGGCCUCAUUCUUUCGCCCUUCACGACCCAAUCAACCAUCUCUUUCCUAUCCCCACAGCCGCCCCUCUUCCGCUGGUUCUUCACAUCCGGGCUCACCCACACAUGAUACUCAAAUCUUCUCGCUACAGCAGUUCCACCCGCUUUCUAACGAGGUCAUGUACGAGUCGGACGACGGCAUGAGCGCUCGCCGCAUCGCCGACGCUCCUGCAGGCGAACGCACCUCGCACGCCUCUACCACAUUGACGCUCGAAGACCCAUCCCAUCAACUCCCCGUGAAGAACGCCAAGUUCAGUCGCGAGCCAUUACUACCCAUCGGCGCAAGUGGCAUGUCUCACAAAACGUCCACAAAUAGCCUGCAAUCCCGACCGUCGCAGACUACACGGGGGGCGUCCGAGAAGACCUUGAGUCCCACACAUGGAUCGAGUCCGGGUGGGAGGGUGAGGGAUAGCUUGGGAAAGUUUGGGAUCAGUCUCGAGUCGGUGCGCAGGUCUUUAUCGGGCGGUUUGCCAUCGCCAGACGUGCGGGUGACGGAGGAGCCCAAACCGUUCGACGACUAUAUGGAACAUCGUUAUAAAUCUGUGCAUUCGCCUUCCCUGCACCUCCGACAGCCUACCUCACCAAAUUCGUUCAAUCCGUACCCUCCGGAUAUUAACCCGCCGUUAAGCGCGACCCCACGGCUUGACGAGAAGACGAAACGAGCCACACGGAAUUAUGAGCUUUUGCCGUCGAGGAAUCGGUUCUUUUGUGAAGGGAUGUUCUUGACGGGGGGCGAUAGUCCGUGGGCUUUUAUUGGCUCGCUGGUGCUUGUGUUUGGCAUUGCGGGUACUUGGUUUGGGACGACCUGUGUUUGGUGGUGGCAUAAUGAGAGCCCGGCUGUGGCAGCCAUUGGAGCAUACAUGACUUUGCUCACUAUUACACUGAUGCUGUCUACGGCUUUCACUGAUCCUGGAAUUCUGCCACGGAAUUUGGACCACGAUCCGCCAUGCGCCCCGAGCUCUUCUGGUUCCGCAGAAUCCAGGAUACCCCUGCCACGAGAUCUGAAAGUACGAGCGGGAAUUGUGCGCGUGAAGUACUGCCCCACGUGUAAGAUAUACAGACCACCUCGGUCUAGCCAUUGUAAAAUGUGCGACAACUGUGUGGACGGUUGUGAUCAUCAUUGCCAAUGGGUGAACAACUGUGUGGGCCGUCGCAAUUAUACCUACUUCUUCACUUUUAUUUUCAGCGCGACCUUGACUACUUGCCUCAUCAUCGUCACUUCGGCGCUACACUUGUACUUGCUCACGCGGAAGGAGCAUCUCACCUUCCGACAUGCAAUCAGCACCGGCGCGGGGAGCGCUGUGGUUUUUGUUCUUUCUAUUAUCGUAGUAUGGCCGGUGGCGGCGUUAUUGACAUACCAUAUGCGGUUACUGCUCUUGAAUGUCACAACCAUUGAACAGAUCCGGAACCAAGCCCACAAGACGCUCGUACCCGGGCCCGCGCCGCCCAACCCGUUCUCUCACGGCUCGUGGCGACAGAACGUGAUGAACGUGCUCGGGAGGCCGGCGGGGUAUUCGUGGGUGAGGCCGCAUGCGGUCGCGGUGGAGGAUAGGCGGGAGGUCAAUCCUGGGAUGUUGGGGGACGGGGAGGAUGAGAGGGGGAGGUCGAGUGAGGGGGGAGGAGGGGCGUUGAAUGGGGAUGUGAAGGUGGGGAAUUUGAAUGGGGGUGGGGGGUCGUCGUGGGAUGAGCAUGGGCUUGAUGUGGAUUUGGAGAGGGGGAGGGUUUAGGGAGUUGGCUUCGUUUAUCGGGAUUUGAGAUUCGCAGUGGCAUUCGAAUUUUCUGGAUGAGACGAUAUGGCUCCUAGAGCUUGACUUUCUACAUACCAACAUUGUCUGAUUCAUCUCUGGUCCCUUCCUUUUUCUGGCUGUGGUUUUGCGGACCCGCGUUAUUUACAUUGACGUUUUGUUAUCCCGUCUGUCUCAAAGCUUUCGAACAUCCUCUUUUAUUCUUGUUUUCACUUUCGUUUCCUAGAUGACUAGCUAAUAGUAGCGGUAGCAGACAGUUUUGUCGACAUCGAUUUCUAACAUUCUCGGUGUCAAUGUAGCGUGAUAUCGGGGCGGCGGGCGUUUACCUAUUCUUGAUUCAUAUAAUUAUAGCAUACUUAUA